CUCUCAAUUAAGUAAUAUUUUUAUCAAAUUCUAAAUUUCAUCGCUUUAAAUAAACAUAACCGGCAUUUUCAAAGUUGCGAAGUUAGUUUAUUAUCGUGGAGUUAUCUGCACGAAGUUCACAUCCGUCGCCAUUUACGCCACGAAGUAAGUACGCGGAAUCGGGAAUUGGACUGGCGCAGUGAAAUAGUGUUACUUAGGUUAUAGUGUUAAAAUAAUUAAUAAUUGUGCAACGAAAACAGCAAUAAAACACUGGGAACAUUUUACAAUAUAAAUUAGUAAAACGAAGAUAGCAAUAAGACGGUACAAUGUUCAAUGAACGUCAGAUAUGAAGAAGGAUAGAACCACGACCGAAGUUCAAACUUAUGACGACAGUGCCUUAAGAUAUAAAUAAUAAUUAGAAUUAAAUUAACGGAAACCAGUAUUUUGUUUUUAUUAUUUGCGGUUAGAUGUUUAGAGAUAUAUGAGAAGGUGGGAAAUAGUUCACUUUUAAGUUAGUAUUGCAAGCAUGAAAAUUCCAGAGACAUCAGCUAAUGUUGGCGCUUAUUAUGGCAAUGAGGACAGUGGACAGUGGCAGCCAAACGGCGUAAUCAUAGACAACGGUGUUGGUGGUGGUGUGGUUGGUAGCGGAGACGCUGGUCACAGACCCGCCGUAUACCCAGUACCCAUCCCGAGAGGACAUAUUCCUGGAGGAUACGUCAUGGCUGGUGCAGCGUACCCUGGUGCUGCGUACAUCGAGUCCCAGGAUGACUUUGAGGACUACAUGUGGAUGGAAAAUGAAGAGGAAUUUGACAAUCAGGUCAUGCAGCAAUUAGAGGAAGAAGCAUUAAUGGAACAGUGUAUAGAAGCAAUGCUGGAAGAUGAACAGAGAGAGCAGAGACAGAGGCCGGUUUCAAAUGGACACAAUCACUAUCCAACGACAAGUAACGGCCUAUCAUCUCUGUCAUUGGAAGAAACUGUUUCGAGAUCUAAGUUGAACCCGCUUGCUGCUGAAUUUGUACCCAUCAGAGCGAGGCCAUCUGCAGAAGAAGCACAAGAUAAUACAGAUGCAAAAUCAGAAGUGGAAAGUGUUAAAGAAACAGUUUCAGUACCGCAGGAGAAACCGCAGCAGCCGGACGAAGUUGACAGCAAACCGACUUUGGAAGAGAGUAGAACAGAAGAACCGAUCCCAGUGCCAACGGAGCCGCCGGAAGUGAGCGCCGCAGACGUCCAGCCGAUAGACAAGAAGGUUAAGGAUGUAAAGAAGGAAACGAAGCCGAAGACGGAUGUUAAGAAAGUUAUAAAGAAUGACGUUAAAAAGACUAAACCGGUUCCGGUGAAAUCUGAUAGUAAAGUGACAGCAAAGAAGAAGGAAGUGAAAAUUGUUAAAAGUGAAAUGAAGGAGGAGGAGGCGCCGGUCGCCGACGUUGUCAAACAAUCAACACCACCACCAACUGAGGAAUUACAAACGGGAAUUAAACCAAUCAACUACGCUGCCGCGGCGAAAGCGAAUAAGCCGAAGAAGGCAACGUCACCGCCGAUAGUGGAAAAGACUCCGCAACCAACGAAAACCGACAAACCUGUGAAACCAGCAGACAAGCAGGACAAGAAGCCACAAGUAAAAGACAAAGUUAAAGUAGAGAAACCAGUUGUACAAAGGAAGAAUUCCACAAAGUAAUUCUUAAAUUGAUUGUGUACAAAAAUUAAUAAAAUACAAAAUAUUUUUUUUGAACUGGCAACCCUGAUGUACAAUGUCAACGAGGUUCUAAACUUUUAUCAACGGGCAACACCGCCAGUUUUGUAUGUAUAUAGUUCUUUUUUUUUUAUAUUUUGUGAUAUUUCCCGUUAAUUGCAUUUUUUUCUUGAAACGAGGAAAUGAAAAAAAAAAAAAUAUAUAGUGUAAAAAUCAUAAUAAUAUAAUUGUACAAGAUUAUAAUAAAAAAAUAAUAAUUUUAUUGUUUAGUUUGGUGGUGCGGGUUUUUGUUGUACAGACAGACAUACUAAGUACAUGCAUAAUUUAAAAGCAUAAUAUUCAUUCGUACAACAUUACUAUGUUCAAUACAUCUUAAAAACUAUAGAUUUCUUUGAAUAAAUCGAUAUUACUUAAUAAUUCUAUUGUUUUUUGAAAACAUCUUCAAUAUUUAAUUGCUACAUUUGGAAAAUGUAUAGUGAUUUUGUCGGACAAGUCAGUUAUGGGCAAGAAAUGAUAAUGUUAAACAAUAUAAUAAAAACACUUGCAUUGGUGUGCCAACUACAUCAAAAUUAAUAAUUACAGUAUGACCGAUAAGCUCUGUUCACGAGCAAACAAGGCAAACCUGCCGUUAUUGUCUAACUACUUGAUCUAUUUUCUCUAAAUAAUAUGUAAUCAUUGGAUUAUCAGUUAAAAUAACCUACAUGUUACACUAUGGAUUCAGUAACAGCCCUAAGUUGAGGUCGGGUUAGACAUUGUGUGAGUAUAGGAUAUAUUUGUAGCGAGCCUAAAUCAUUUUUCAGUUAGUAUAUUUUUACAAAAAAAAGGUUUUGGUUCAUAUGCUUUAUUUUCACUCAAAAGAUAAGGAUAUAACAAUAAAAAAUAGUUAAAAACUAUAAUAAAUACAAUUAAAAAAAUUCAUUGUAUAUUUUUUGAAGAUGUGUAUUUUUUAUAUUUGAUAUUACGUGUAUAGAUGUGUAUGAAAUGUCACUGCAAAAAGCCGCGCCAUGUUAUAUUAAAUAUAACAAAAAGAGCCUCCAUUUAAGGCUGUCCACUAACCGUAUAGAGCAUAGAAAAUUAGGAAUUUAAAAAAAAAUGUACAUUUUUGUGAGCGUCUAAAAAAAAAUGUAUAAUAAAAAAAAAAGCACGCGUUGUGUGUUAUGGGUAUUCAGUUAUUUUAGCACUAAGUUUAUAUAGAUUAGAGGUUUUGUAGGUUUUAAAAUAUAGACAAGUACAUGGGAUGUGCACUCCGUUAGACAAUGAUUCGAAGGCGACCUCAAUUUAUUUUUGGCUGUCAACUUUAAGUUGUGCUUAAAAAAAAAAGCUAAUGUCACGUUGACGGAUAAAAUACAGAAAAGAGUUGGCAAUAAAAAUACUUCUUUUUUACAAUUUCUAAUU